AUGGAUACUGGUAUCGGCAUGAUCAAGGCUGAUUUGGUUAACAACUUGGGUACUAUUGCCAAGUCUGGAACUAAAGCUUUCAUGGAAGCCCUCUCUGCCGGAGCUGACAUCUCCAUGAUUGGUCAGUUUAGUGUGGGUUCCUACUCUGCUUACCUGGUUGCCGACAAGGUGACAGUUCAUUCCAAGCACAAUGAUGAUGAGCAGUAUGUUUGGGAAUCGUCAGCUGGUGGUUCUUUCACCAUCAAGCCUGAUCACAGAGAACCCAUGGGUAGAGGAACCAAGAUUAUCCUCCACUUGAAGGAUUAUCCGAUGGAUUACCUGGAGGAGAAGAAAGUCAAGGAGGUUGUCAAGAAGAACUCACAGUUCAUUUGCUACCCAAUCAAGCUAUUGGUUGAGAAAUUCUACCUACGCAAGAAGAUCGCUGACCUCAUCCGUUUCCACACUUCCGCCUCUGGAGAAAACCAGGUUUCCUUCAAGGAAUACGUUUCCCGCAUGAAGGAGAACCAGAAACACAUCUACUACAUCACUGGUGACAACAGAGAACAAGUCAGCAACUCCUCAUUCGUCGAGCGUGGCAAGAAGCGCGGAUUGGAGGUCAUCUUCAUGACUGAGCCCAUUGAUGAGUACGUCGUCCAGCAGCUCAAGGAAUACGAUGGCAAGCAGCUCGUCUCCGUCACCAAGGAGGGUCUGGAACUCCCCGAAGAUGAUGGAGAAACCAAGAAACGCGAGAGCGACAAGGCCAAAUUCGAGGGUCUCUGCAAAAUCAUAAAGGACAUCUUGGACUUCGCUCUUCAACAAACCAGCCCUACACUUGGGGGCCAGCAAGGCCAGCAAAAUAUUUCGAUCGUAGCGUCUUCAGUCGGGAAUCUUCGCAGUCACAAGGCUCAACUGCAUUCUUUGGUUCAAGCCAAGUCUUCCGUUAUCGUCGAUGUCCUUUACCGACCGGAAUACCUUUUCCAGCCUGGCACGGAAGCACAGAAAAAGUGUGACAAUGGCGGAUUCAUUCGCAGGUAA